AUGCGAGCCGAAUUGGAGAUAAUGGAAAAAGCGGACGAGGCACUGGAACUAGAGAACCUCUGCUCGUUGUCGACUGGUCGAGAUAAUAAUCUACCAGUCAGUCCGCUACAAAAGCCUACAUCCUCGAAAUCUACUAAUAAUGUCUUACAAUGCUCUGCUCAAACUUCAAGGUGUGAGAAAUUGCCAGAAACGAAAUCUCCUGCAUAUGAUGAACUACUAUCGAUUGGCGUUUCGGAUACGACCAAUAAUUGUGGUUCGAGCAUGAGCCCAUUGUCUGGCAGAGCCGCUGGGUAUAGGCCUGCAACCAGCGCGCCUAGCAUACCGGCGAACAAGAAACAAGGUAUUGACCCCAUAAUAUUUAACUCCAGACGAGUGUUAAAUCCAAUUUCCGGCAUGAAUAUACUUCCUGCGACCACGAAUCAAAAAGAGUUGAGCACUCUCAAAAAUUCUCUCUCAAAAUCGAGAAUGGUGCUACGGAAAUACGGCACGGCCUUGAAGUCUAAUUUUCCUGGCUUGAUGGAUCCGUUAUGGGACAAUUACGAUAUAUGGUUUAUGAGAGUUUAUGUUCUUCAGAUAUACAUUCUCAUUAUUUUUGGGUUUUUAUAUGCCCUUACAAUUAGUAACAACAUGAAAGGCAAGGGCGUCUUGUAUGCUUUGGAUAGAAUACCUGAUAACCUGGUUAACUAUGCCUUUUUUAGCCAACAAUUAAAAAUAGAAUGA